AUGGACCUGAGACUGGUCCAUUCACCAGUUGAGAGAACCAUUUCCGGCUUCGAUGGAUCCAAGAGCCGGUCCUCUAAAGAGACCCAACUCCUACUUGACUCAGACUCGGACCCUACAACCUUUAUCAUUACGCGGCUUAAGGACGCGUACGACGGGAUCCUGGGAAUGCCCUGGAUCAGGAAGCAUGGGCACCGGAUCGAUUGGCGUGGACGCCAACUAACACCAAGCCAGACAAGGAUCACCGCUGUUGAGACAGUGUCGCCACCUCCGCCAAAAACCUCGCAGGACGGGGAGGAGCCCGACGCGAGGCAAGCGAGGAGAAGUGACGAGGGGGUGCCCGCCUCGUGCGGGAUAACGCCCCCGCGAUGUGAGUCCAUUGACAAAUUUCACCCUGUGACCCAGUUAGGAGCAACUGGCAAGCGGAUUCAAUUACUAGGACAAUAUACCGAGCCUACACCGAUACACCAGACCGACAGGACCUGUGAGGACGGCGACAGACCGGAAGCGGGACACAUCCGGACCACACCACUGGACACCAUCGCGGCCGCUGUGGCGGCUUCGUCUAUGCCGACAAGAGCCUCCAGCGACGGGGAGGAGCCCGUAGGGAGGUACGUGAGGCAAAGUGACGAGGGGGUGCCCGCUAUAAGCGGGAUAACGCCCCCGCGAUGUGAGUCCACCAACCAUUCUUCACCAGAUUUAUUGAGGGCAACUGGCAAGCGGGCAUGCCCCUUAGGACAUCCUCCACAGGGACCCCGGGUAUCAUACGUCGAGACGGCAGGACAGGGGACCAUCGCAGCCAUUCCAAUGGCUUCGUCUAUACCAAAAGGAACCUCCAGCGACGGGGAGGAGCCCGUAGGGAGGCCAGCGAGGUUAAAUGACGAGGGGGUGCGCAACUUGUGUGCGAUAACACCCCCGCGAUGUGAGUCCAACACCUCUUCCACUCACCAAAUGUCCAUAAGAACAACUGGCAAGCGGGCACACCCUGUAGGACUUCAUAAGUCGGCGACUAUGGACGUGGCUAAGGUUGCUUGGAGCACCUCGGCUCAAUUAGCGGCGCAGGCGAAACAGGACGUGCCUCCCAAGUCAGUCGAGGAGCUGGUCCCACGCAGGUAUCACCGCCACCUCGGAAUGUUCAAAAAAACCGAAGCACAACGACUACCACCCCGACGCAAGUAUGAUUUCCGGGUUGAUUUGAUACCUGGAGCGGUCCCCCACGCAAGCAGGAUAAUUCCACUAUCCCCUGCGGAGAAUGAGGCGCUGGACACGUUGAUUAGAGAGGGACUAGAGCAUGGAACCAUCCUUAGGACUACAUCCCCGUGGGCAGCCCCGGUCCUGUUUACAGGAAAAAAAGACGGCAAUUUGCGGCCUUGUUUCGACUACCGAAGGCUGAACGCGGUUACGGUAAAGAACAAAUACCCACUACCGCUCACAAUGGAUUUAGUGGACAGUCUGUUGGACGCAGAUACGUUCACCAAGCUAGACCUGCGCAACGCAUACGGCAAUCUCAGGGUGGCAGAGGGCGACGAGGAGAAGUUGGCGUUUGUGUGCCGGGCGGGGCAGUUUGCACCUCUCACUAUGCCUUUCGGCCCGACGGGAGCACCCGGGUUCUUCCAAUUUUUCAUUCAAGACAUAUUGUUGGGAAGGAUCGGCAAGGAUACAGCGGCAUAUCUCGAUGAUAUUAUGAUUUAUACACAGCGCGGCACGGACCACGAAGGAGCGGUCGAAGAAAUCCUAGAGAUACUCAGCAAGCAUCAACUAUGGCUUAAGCCGGAGAAAUGUGAAUUCUCCAGAGCCGAAGUCGAGUACCUUGGUCUACUUAUCUCGUGUAACCGGGUGAGGAUGGACCCGGCAAAAGUUAAAGCGGUUUCGGAUUGGCCGGCGCCCACCAACGUGACUGAACUCCAAAGGUUCAUUGGGUUCGCUAACUUCUACAGACGGUUCAUUAGUCACUUCUCGCGGACAACAAGGCCACUACACGACCUCACUAAAUCGGGAAUCAGAUUCGUGUGGGAUAAACAAUGCGACGAAGCGUUUGAGAGCCUCAAGACGCUAUUCACAUUGGCACCAAUCCUGAAGAUAGCAGACCCGUAUAAACCAUUCCUCCUGGAGUGCGAUUGCUCGGAUUUUGCACUAGGCGCAGUUCUCUCACAAGUGUGCACGAAAGACAACGAUUUACAUCCGGUAGCGUAUCUAUCAAGAUCCCUUAUCCAAGCAGAACGUAAUUACGAAAUUUUCGACAAAGAACUCCUCGCGAUUGUAGCGGCAUUCAAAGAAUGGCGCCACUACCUGGAGGGGAACCCCAACCGGCUGAAGGCCAUAGUGUACACCGACCAUAGGAAUUUAGAAAGUUUCAUGACUAGCAAAAGCCUCACCAGACAACAGGCAAGAUGGGCCAAAACACUGGGAAAUUUUGAUUUUGAGAUCAUUUUUCGGCCGGGCCGGCAGGCGACCAAACCAGACGCGCUGUCAAGACGCCCGGACCUAGCGCCGAAGAAGGAGGAGAAACUGACAUUCGGCCAACUGUUGAAGCCAUUGAACAUUACCCCCGAGACCUUCGCGGCCAUCGCUGAAAUUGAUGAAUUCUUCGUCGACGAGUCCGUGGACCUAGCGGACGCCGACCACUGGUUUGAAGUGGACAUCCUAGGAGUGGAGCAAACCGACGACAAGGAGGUGGGGGAGGACCGAGCGGACCUCAUCCCAACGGACGCCGACUUGAUAAGUUUGAUCCGCGCCGCUACUCUCACAGACCCCAGGCUAACGCAUUUAAUAAGCAAGUGUCAGGAUGCGUCGACCAGACAACGCGACUACUCCUAUAAGGACGGCGUACUGUACAACCAGGGGCGGAUUGAGGUCCCAAAGGACAAAUCCCUUAAGACAGCAAUACUAAGGACCCGACACGAUUGUCGACCAGCCGGCCACCCGGGGCGAGCAAAGACACUAGCGCUGGUGCGGCGAUGUUUUAAUUGGCCGGGGCAAAAGAAGUUCGUGAACCGGUAUGUCGACGGGUGUGGAUCGUGCCAACGCGUCAAAGGGUCGACACAAAAGCCCUUUGGAACGCUAGAACCCUUGCCAAUACCGGCGGGCCCGUGGACCGACAUCUCGUACGACAUGAUCACGGAUCUCCCGGAGUCGAAUAACAGUGACAGCAUCCUUACAGUAGUAGACCGACUCACAAAGAUGGCGCAUUUCAUACCUUGUAAUAAGACUAUGACCGCGGAACAUUUGGCCGACCUAUUACUCCGUCAAGUGUGGAAGCUUCACGGAACUCCUAAAACAAUUGUGUCCGACAGAGGGAGCGUCUUCAUUUCACAGACGACAAAGGAGCUCAGCAAACGAUUAGGCAUCAGAUUAUGCCCUUCUACCGCGUAUCACCCGCGAACGGACGGUCAAUCCGAGAUUGUGAACAAGGCCAUCGAACAAUAUCUCCGGCAUUUCGUCGGAUACCAUCAAGACGACUGGGAGGGACUGCUGGCGGUGGCGGAGUUCUCACACAACAACCAAGAACACGUGUCCAUUGGAAUGUCGCCGUUUCGGGCGAACUAUGGAUUUGAUCUGACAUACGGAGGGAUUCAGUCUUCCAAACAGUGUCUGCCAUUGGUCGAAAAACGAUUACAGGUGCUAGCAACAGUACAAGAAGAAUUGAAAGCGACUCUUGAGGCGGCACAGGCAUCAAUGAAACUCCAGUUCAACCGCAAGGUGGCGCCUACCCCAAAGUGGCAAGUAGGGGAUGCGGGAGUCCACCCCACAUUUCAUGUUUCAGUUCUACAAAAACACACGGCGGACACGAUCGAAGGACGCGAGGUGGAGGAACCCCAACCAGUGAUGGUAGAAGGAGCGGAAGAGUGGGAGGUGGCGGAGAUCCUGGACUACAGGAGACAACGACAAAGGAAAGAGUACCUGGUGGCGUGGAAAGGAUACGGGCCAGAAGGAAACUCGUGGGAACCGGAAUCAAAUCUUCGAAAUUGCCAACAACUAGUCACGGAAUUCGACAAAAAUUUCCCGGAAGCAGCAGUGCGGCACAGGAGGAGGAGGAGAUUCAAGUGA